AUGGUAGCUGCUAUGAAGGCAUUAGACUCCCUAAACAAAACUGAUAUUAAUGAAUUAAGAGUAUUCAAUAAACCACCUCAUCUCGUAAGAUUUGUUAUGGAAGCUGUGUGUGUAUUGUUGAAUUCAAAAACCGAUUGGGCUACUGCGAAAGUAAUUUUGGGAGAUACUAAUUUUCUGAAAAAGCUGAGGGAUUAUGACAAAAAUAACAUCUCAGAUGCAACGUUAAAGAAACUGGCUUCGUAUGUUAACCAUCCAGACUUUGUACCAGAAACUGUAGCUACCCAAUCAAAGGUUUGCAAAUCGAUUUGUAUGUGGGUAAGAGCAAUCGAUCGUUAUGCAAAGGUGUAUCGAAUUGUAGAACCUAAGAGGAAA